AUGUGUAGUAACAUAAGCAGUGGAAGCUAUGGAGGAGACAGAGACUUACAACAAGACGACUACUUUGGUUCUUGUCCUAAAAAACAAAAGCAAGAUAAAGUACGACGAAGAGGACCAGGUGUGGCCGAGCUCGAAAAGAUCCGUCUAGAAGAAGAGAACAAAUCUGCUUCAUCAUUACCAAGAACCGAUAACACUCUCAUUCCUCUUCCUCCACAGCUUCCUUCUCCGUCUUUUUACACCACUAAUCCUAUUUUCCGGCCACCGGCGACGGCUAUGCCUCCAAACUUUGCUUUGCCGUUGUCGUCUUACUUCUCGAACGGAUCUUUCCCUAUGCCGGUUUUUCAGAAGGAGCAGCAUUAUCCGAAUCAUCAUACGAUGAAUCUCGCGAAUCCAUCUCAAGGACCAGGAAGAUUAUGCCAGUUCAUAGAGCCCCCUUCAAACCAAAGAUCUUGCGUCCAUAAUGUCUCUCAGUUUCUGCAGAAAGAAGAAAAGGCAUCGAAGAGGCCAUGGCAUUUUCUCACAGACACCACCACGAAAGCUAGCGUUGAACAACCAAUCUCAAGAAUGUUAAGGGAGUCCAAACAUAACCGGUCGUUGGAUAUGAGAUUGAUAAGUCCGAAUCAAUAUUCCGGUACAACGAUUUGCAACCCUAUCUCCAUUGAAUCACCUACUUCCAUUACACGUGAUUUUAACGUACAGUAUGAACAACAACAACAACAACAACAAGAGCAAGACUUUGACGAGAACAUGCAAAGGAGAAGUAUGAAGACUUUCUAUAGCUUUAUACCCUCUAAUGAUCAGAGCAAUGUUGACCGAGAACAACUUGCCAUUGAGCCACAUGAAUCUGCCGCUGAUCAUGGAAUCGAUCUCAGCCUUAAGUUAUAG